AAAAAUCAAAACGAAAUUCUCAUCAAUAAUCAACCAACAAUGGCAAACAAAAGUCAUCAAACAUGGUUGGCCAUAAUUAAUUUUCUAUUAUUAUUAAUCAUUUGUUUAUGGCCAAUAACAAUAAUAUUAGGUCAACGACCAAAUCCACGGCAAAAAUUUUUACCACCACGUUUUGAUCCAAGAUUACAGACAACAUCAACAACAUCGACAACAACAACCGAAUCAUCAAAUAUACAAUUGAUAACUGGAUUACCGAUACCGGUACCACCUUAUAUACCACCACCUUCUCCACCAACAUCACCAGUAUCUCCACCACCAGCACCACCAAGAAGAUUAGGACAUGCUGAACAUCGACCAAAAGUAACUGAAAUAUUUCGUUCACCAUUAAAUCUUAUUUGGAAUUGUAAACUAAAUCGACAACCAUGUGAUCUAAAGAAUGGAAUAAAUUUUAUUCCAUUUGAAACUGAUGAUAAACGUAAUCGUUUUGGUAGUGAAACAUUUGUUGCAAAUUUAGUUGAAGCAGCACAAAUUAUUGAUGGUCGUAUGGAGCAAAAAAAUCCAAAACUAUCGUUUAAAGCAUCACGAUUAUGGACAAAAAAUUAUUUUCCAGCUAGAUUUCGUAAUGCAUGUUUAUUUUUAAGUUAUUCAAUGUUAGGAAAUUAUCGUAAACAAUUAUAUAUUAUGCAACGUAAUGCAGAAGAUGUUUGUGUUUAUUCGGCUGAACAUUAUGGUCAACAACAAUCAUAUGCAAUCAGUACUGGUCAAUCAUCAUCAUCAAUCAAUCAACAAAGAUGGAUUGAUGCUGAAAUACAACUGGAUCUUAAAUAUGGUGAUGCACGUUUUGUAUUGGAUUUUGAAUAUGAUUUACCGGCAACAAUAAAUUAUCAAUCAAUGGGUUCAGUUGAAAUAAGAAAUUUUAGCAUUGCAUAUGGUAAUUGUUUACGUAAUGAUGGUAAUGAAUGUGAUUCAUUACAUGAUAUUACACAACCUUAGUUGUUUUUUAUUGCU